CCUACAUACACCAACUCAGCGACGUUGGGCUACUAAGGGGAAAACAAACUCCGAGUGGAAUCAUUGCUCGUUUGCUUCGCAGAGGACUGCCCGUAAUUUUGGUGAUAGGCUACUUUGUGAGGGGCGACCACCAUGGCUGAAAGGGAGGAUUUUGACAAUGGCUGGGACUUCAUCAGUGACCUUGAGGUGAAGGCCGUGAGGGAGUUCAGUGAAUCCCUGGAGACCCAGAACAUCACAUCAGCCGUUCAAAGGAUCCAGACUUACUUCCGGGACCUGGACGAGGUGUUGCUGAACAUUGCGGUCACGGGGGAGUCCGGGUCUGGCAAAUCCUCAUUUGUGAAUGCCCUCCGAGGCUUGGGGGAUGAGGAGGAAGAUUCCGCUCCAACUGGAGUGGUGGAGACCACCACAGAGCCAACGGCCUACCCCCACCCCAAGUACCCGAACGUCAUCUUGUGGGACUUGCCAGGGGUUGGGACACAGAAUUUUAAGGCAGACACAUAUCUCGAGCAGGUUGAGUUUGACAGAUAUGACUUUUUCAUCAUCAUUGCAUCAGAGCGUUUUAGAAGCAGCAAUGUUGACCUGGCCACUCAAAUCCAGAAGAUGAAGAAGAAGUUCUACUUUGUGCGCUCGAAGAUUGACGUGGACGUUCAGGCCGAGAAAAGGAGGAAGAGCUUCGAUCAAAAGUUGGUUCUUGAUCGAAUAAGACAGGACUGCAUUCAGGGGCUGGUGAAGAAUGGUGUGGAUCAUCCUGCAGUCUUCCUCAUCUCCAGCUAUGAACUUGGCAACUAUGACAUCAAUGCCCUGCAGGACACUAUGGAGAAGGAGUUGCCUGACCACAAGCGUGACAUGCUUCUACUUGCUCUGCCUAACGUCACCAUGAAGAUCCACCAGAAGAAGAGAGAAGCUCUAGGGGCUAGAGUGUGGAAGAUGGCUUUGUUGUCUGCAGGCAUAGCAGCAGUUCCAAUCCCAGGCCUCUCUAUCUGUACCGAUGUGGCAAUACUGGUGACAGAAAUCAAGGAGUACUACCAGGCCUUCGGUUUGGAUGAGGAAUCCUUGGAGAACCUCUCCAAUCAGAUGGAGGUGCCGGUGGAGGAGUUUAGGGCUUGUCUCAAGUCUCCUCUGAACAAGGAGAUCAGUGCUGAUGUGGUGGUGAAGAUGCUGACCAAGGCGGCAGGAGCGGGUAUGAUGGUAGCUGGGCACGUUUUCAACAUGUUGCCCCUCCUUGGCUCUUUGCCUGCCGGGGCUUUGUCUUUUGCCUCCACCAAACUCAUGCUGGAGAGCUGCCUCAAAGAGCUGGCUGCUGAUGCACAGAGUGUCCUGAUGAGGGCGCUGCAAACUGAAGUUUGAGUAACUACAAGUGGACUCACAGCAACGCACAGAUGUAGAGUGAUUUUAACUGUGGCUUCAUGCUCCUUUAUACAUGAUAUAAUGAGUUUAUGUAACAAUGUAUAGUCUAUUGUAUGCUUAUGUCACGUGUUUCUUGGUGUUUUAUGCCCCCAACGUUGUCUUCAAGGCAUGGGUUGGGGUUAGGAAAAGGGUUGGGGUUA